AUGGCCUCCUCUUCAUUGGCUUUUUCGGGGCCGGCUCUGCAAACACGGGACGCGCCCGGGCGCCUGCUGCGCUCGCUCCGCGGUUGGGAGUGGGAGGGGCCCUGGGAGGUGGAGGCGAGCGGCGACGUUGACGCGGAGGGCUGGGCCUACGCCUUUGACUGGCCCGGGCUCAAGUACCCCCCAAGCCCCGGGUCUGGCCUCAAGAAGAGCCACGACUUUGUCCGGCGCCGCCGCUGGGUGCGGCGGCGCCGUCAGUCCGCGCUGCCGUCCACAGUCCUGGACAUCACGCCUGCCGGCGGCGCCGCAGACGGCGGCAAGCAGGCGGCUGGCUCAGGGGAGGUCUGGGUGCGCAAGGUGCUGGGUCUGGUGGACCCCGGCGGCAGCGUGCCCCUGCCCCACAACUGGCAGAAGCACAGCAAGCAGCUGCAGGUGCGCCCCGUGCUGCCCGCCCCCCACGACGCCGCGGCCGGAGCCGGCGGCCACGCUGAAGUGGCGCCCGACGAGGCCUCAGUCGGGCCGCCGCCACUGCGGGCGCCGGGGACCCCGGUGCCCGGGGCCGCAGCGGGCGCGCCGGCUCCCAGCCACAGCUGGAGCUUCGGCGCGAGCGCCGGCCAGCACAGCAUCGCGCUCAGCGGCUUGGAGGACGGCGCCACGCGCCUGCUCUGCUGCAAGACGCUGUCCGCGGCCGCCGGGGACGGCGAGGACGACGGUGCCGCGGCGCGGGGCGCGCCGGGCGGCGGCGGCGGGGCAGCGGUGGGCAGCCCGCGGCGGGCGGCGAGGAGGGCGCCGUCGUGCUGGGUCAGCGCAUGCACUGAGUCUGUCCAGCUGUACGCCUCCAGCGGCCUCGAGUCUGUCAGCGACUGGCAGCUCGUCGCGCGGCCCCCCUUGGUGCUGCUAAACCACCUGCCCGUCACGGCGCACUACGCGCUGUGGGAGCGCUCGCCGCUGGGCGGGCCGCCCGCGCUGCGGCAGCAGGGGCGGAUGGAGGGCGGCGGGGCGACCAACGUGUACAGCGUUGACAUGCGGCAGCAGGUCCUGCUGACGUUCUGGCCAGACGGCUGCGCGUGGCCGCGCGACGCGCCGCCAGUCGUCGUUAGCGACGGCUUCCUGGGCGCCGACGCUGGCGUCACGCAGGCGGCUUCCGGGCGGCUUCCCGACGGCUUCCCGGUCGCGUACGCCAACAGCUCGGCGAACGUGAACCUCAGGGUGAACAUGAGCCGCGACCUCGACCUCGAAUUGGUCGAGAGCCAGCGCCUGCGCGCCGCCGGCGCCCGCGCCGCGGCUGCCGGAGGCGCCGCCGCCGCUGCGGCAGCCACGCAUGGGGACGCCGCCGCGGAGGGCCUGCGGCUGUCGGCCGGCGCGGCGCUGGCGCACGGGCGGCCGCUGACGCUGCACCUGUGGGUCCCCCUGUGGGUCGUCAACGCCACGCAGCUCCCGAUAACAGCGGGGCUCGUCCUCACCGCGCCGGGCGCCGACCCUGCCGGCACCGGCGACCCGGCGGCCGCUGGGGCUGGCGACGGCGGCGCGGGCGGGCCGCUGCGCGUCCUGGACACAGACGCGUACUCGCCGCCGGCGCCGCCGCUGGGGCAGGUGACCGUGAUGCCGCACUCGAUCGAGCUGCUGAGCUUCCCUGACGCCGCCGCCGCGGCCGUGGCCGCCGUCGCCGGCGGCGACGCCGCGUGGGGUGUCGCGGUCAGGGUCAUGGGCAGCCGAUGGAGCGCCCCGCUGCAGCUGCUGCAAGCUGCGACGGCCGCCGCUGCUGCCGGCGGCGGCGGCGCGCCGUCCUCGUCGUCGGCCGAGGCCGUGGCCGCCGCGUCGGCGGCGGUCGACGCGGCGCGGCUGCCGCGGCUCGAGCCUGUUGUAAUCCGCGCCCGUGCCAAGCCUGACGGCACUCAGCACGAGGUCACCGCGCGCGUGGAGGGCGCCGGCGGCGGCCUGCAGCGCUGCUCGGUGCUGCGGCUGGAGCCGCAUUUGGUGGUCCGGAGCCCAUCUGGCGCGCGCUCGGCGGCGUAG